UCAAUAAAAACCCUGGGCAGACUGAGCAGGCAGGCAGAGGUUUCUUGGGCAUCGGGUCGUAGGGGUGCAAGCAUGCUGUUUUCUGGGCUACUGUCUUCGCUGUUGCUGGCGGCGAUCACCGUCGAUGCUGAAAUUUAUUUCAAAGAGCAAUUUCUCGAUGGAGAUGCCUGGAAGACCCACUGGGUGGAGUCCAAGCACAAGUCCGACUAUGGAGAGUGGAAACUGACUGCAGGAAAGUUCUAUGGCGACGCAGAGAAGGACAAAGGUCUGCAGACGAGUCAGGAUGCCCGCUUCUACGCACUCUCUUCCCAGUUCAAGGCCUUCAGCAACGAGGGCAAGACCCUGGUGGUCCAGUUCACGGUCAAGCACGAGCAGAAGAUCGACUGCGGCGGCGGAUACGUCAAGGUGUUCCCCGCCGACCUGGACCAGGCCGACAUGCACGGAGACUCGCAGUACUACAUCAUGUUUGGCCCCGAUAUCUGUGGUUACAGUACCAAGAAGGUUCACGUCAUCUUCAACUACAAGGGCAAAAACCACCUCAUCAAGAAGGAAAUCAAGUGCAAGGAUGACGAGCUGACGCACUUGUACACCCUGAUUCUGCGGCCUGACCAGACCUACGAGGUGAAGAUCGACAACGAGAAGGUGGAGUCGGGCACCCUGGAGGAGGACUGGGACUUCCUUCCCCCCAAGAAGAUCAAGGACCCCAACGCCAAGAAGCCCGAGGACUGGGAUGACCGGGCCAAGAUCGACGACCCCGAAGAUGUCAAGCCUGAGGACUGGGACAAGCCUGAGAACAUCCCUGACCCCGAUGCUAAGAAACCCGACGACUGGGAUGAGGAGAUGGAUGGAGAGUGGGAGCCGCCCAUGAUCCCCAACCCCGAGUACAAGGGAGAGUGGAAACCGAAGCAGAUUGACAACCCCAACUACAAAGGCGUCUGGGUCCACCCCGAAAUUGACAACCCCGAGUACACCCCUGAUUCCACCAUCUACAAGUUUGACAACAUCGGGGUGCUGGGUCUGGACCUGUGGCAGGUGAAAUCUGGCACCAUCUUCGAUAACUUCCUGAUCACGGACGAUGAAAAAGCUGCAGAAGAGUUUGGCAAAGAGACCUGGGGAGUGACCAAGGAGCCCGAGAAGAAAAUGAAGGAGAAGCAGGAAGAGGAGGAGAGAAAGCAGCGUGAGGAGGAGGAGAAGAACAAGAAGGAGCAGGAGACGGAGGAGGAUGACGAGGAGGACGAAGAGGAAGGCGAGGAGGAGGAUGACGAGGAGGACAAGAAGGAGGAGGGGGAGGAAGAGGAUUCAACGGAAACCGAAGCUCCAACGAAAGACGAACUCUAGACUGGGGUCAGUUGGCAGCCCAGGGACUGUGGCCGCACAUCCUCGCAGAAGAUACAGGCGCCAGCCUCUGCUGCAACUUCUCCCUUCCUCUCCCGCCAUUUUAUUUUUUUAUAAUUGGCACCGAUUGCCCCCUCCUAGCUUUUAUUUUCCUAAAUAAAUGACACAUCAGUGACAUAACAGUAAAGGGGUGAGAUUCUCCCAGUCACAAACAUUGUUGUUUUGAUUUGUUUUUUCCCUGCCAUAUCAUAAAGAGCUCAUGUGGCUCUGCCUGAAAGAUAGAGGUGUCUGCGCUCUCUGAGCGCGACUCUCGCAUGCACAUGGCCUCUGCUCGCUUUUCUCCCAGCCCAGGGCUGCUCACACACCCCGGUGCUUUACUACAGCACCAUGAAAGCAAUGGAGGAGUGCAGAAUUGUAUUUUAAUUUAUUUAAACUUAUGGCUCGUGUUCACAUGGUUGUUUUGUUUUUUUUUAAUCCCUAUGCCGUAGUCCCUCUAAGCAGUUAAGAGAAGGUGGUGCCUCGAUGAAGUCCAGAGGGGGGAAUUUGCCGAGUCGUGCUUCGUGCCUGGAAGCUGUGCUCAGUGCUAACAUCCACUUUGCUUCUGAAACACCUUCUGGUGUUUACUGAGAAAAAAGGAUUCAAAUAACAGUUUUAGGAAAAUUGUAAAAAUAAACUUCAGAUCUAUGAAGCAUUUUUGUGCACCUCCACAAUCAGAUGUUUUUUUUAUUAUUAUUAUUUGUAUGCGGGUUUUGUUUUCUUAGAGCUCUUCCCAAAAUCUAUCAUGUAUUUUUUUUUUCUUUUAUGGCUGUGAAUCCCAAGCCAUACCUUCAACAGCCUGUUUUGGAAAUGCGAAAUGUUGUACCCAACUGUGCAGCAUUAAAAAUGAACAAUUGCCAGAAAUGUUUUGUUGUGAAAUAUUUACUAUUAACUGUUGAUAAUGAACAGUUAAGACUGUUGGGUCCUCUCAUUUAAACAGGGGUAUCUUCUGUCAAUCAGUCACAGAAAAUCGUCUUUUUAUAGAAAUAUUUUUUUACUUUUUAGUCUGACAUGCAUUCUGUGUGUUUCAAAGCACUGAGCCUUUUUCUUACUGCAUCCUUAAAACCACGAAUUCACCCAGAUGUGUUCUGAACAUGUGUAAAUCAAACGAGUAGCACAGAAGUGUGGAGAAAUGCUCAUAAAGCACUGCAUCCUUAGUUUUUAUGAAUUAUCUUCAUGAUCUAUCAGGGCAUUCUGCUGUCAGAUGUGACACUGUUGUUCCCUUCAGUUCCACCCCUAGAUCUUAAGAGAUGUAAUGUCCGUGUUUACAGGUUAGGCUUUUUUUUGGGGGGGUGGGGAGAUCAGGGGGAUGAGAUGUCCAAACUAGCGUUUGACUGAGGGGGGUGGGGGAAUCUUCGAUCCUGUUGUAAAACGUAAUUUGUUUUGAGGCAUAGUUUUUUUUUGGGUAGGAAGGAAGGCAAUUGGAUACUUGAUCUGCAUUCCAUCUGGGACAUUGAUGUAAAUACUAGUCCUCA